UGAAAUGGGUGACGUCACCUUCUCCGCCGUGACCUUAAUUAAACCGUUUUAUCCAAGGAGCUCCCUCCGACCAUGGGACCAGCGGCGGAGCUCGCGGUGAGGAUCGGCCGGGAGCUUCUAAAAGUUUCUGGAAGCUCUCGCUCGGCCCGAACAUGGAGUCCAUCGGUUGAACAGAGUCUUCACGGUCUCGGAUUUCGUCACUCGGUAAGUCCUUUGCUUGUGGCUCGAGUCAUUGACCCGUUCCUCCUGAACCACCAUUCCCUCGCUCUCGGGUUCUUCAAUUGGGCCGCUCAGCAACCGGGUUACUCUCACGACUCGCUCUCUUAUCACUCUAUCUUCAAGUCUCUUUCGCUUUCUCGACAGUUCUCCGCCAUGGAUGCCCUCUUCAAACAGGUCAAAUCGCAGAAAAUCCUCCUCGAUUCUUCCGUGUAUCGCUCCCUCAUUGAUGCGCUUCUGCUGGGUAGGAAAGCUCAGAGCGCGUUCUGGGUUUUAGAAGAAGCUCUUUCGACGGGUCGGGAGAUUCAUCCCGAUGUAUGCAAUCGUCUUUUAGCUGCUCUGACUUCUGAUGGGUAUUCUGAUUAUGCUCAGAAACUGUUUGUUAAAAUGCGCCAAAGAGGUAUUUCUCUGAAUACUCUUGGCUUCGGCGUGUAUAUAGGAAGUUUCUGUAGGAGUUCCGAAACGAAUCAACUCUUGAGAUCGGUGGAUGAGGUUAAAAAGGCUAACUUGAACAUCAAUGGCUCCAUUAUUGCACUGUUGAUUCUCCAUGGUCUUUGUAAAUCUUCUAGAGAGAUGGAAGCUUUCUACAUUUUGGAAGAGCUAAGAAACAUAGAUUGCAAACCGGAUUUUAUGGCCUAUAGAAUCAUAGCUGAAGCGUUUGUGUUAACUGGGAAUCUCUACGAGAGACAGGUCGUCCUGAAGAAGAAGAGAAAGCUUGGAGUAGCACCCAGGAGCAGCGAUUACAGAUAUUUCAUCGUGGAUUUGAUUUCCGCAAAGCGAUUAACGGAGGCCAAGGAAGUGGCUGAGGUGAUUGUGAGUGGAAACUUCCCCAUUGAUUAUGAUAUCUUAGACUCGUUAAUCGGAUCAGUCUCUGCAGUCGAUCCAGAUUCUGCUGUUGGCUUCUUAAAUUUCAUGGUAAUAAACACAGGGAAAUUGCCUGCAAUUCGGACUCUGAGCAAGUUGAGUAAGAAUCUUUGCCGGCACGACAAGAGCGACCAUCUGAUAAAGGCUUAUGAGCUUUUGUCAAGCAAAGGUUAUUUUUCAGAGCUUGAGAGUUAUAGUCUGAUGAUAUCGUUCCUGUGCAAGGCCGGGAGAGUCAGAGAAGGUUACAGUGCUCUGCACGAAAUGAAGAAGAAAGGGCUUGAUCCAGACGUGUCAAUCUAUAAUGCGCUCAUUGAAGCUUGUUGCAGAGCGGAAAUGAUCCGUCCAGCGAAGAAACUCUGGGAUGAGAUGUUUGUAGAAGGCUGCAGAAUGAAUCUGACGACGUACAAUGUACUUAUCAAGAAAUUGUCAGAGGAAGGCGAGGUAGAGGACUCUUUGAGGCUGUUUCAGAAGAUGCUUGAGAAAGGGAUAGAACCAGAUGAAACAAUCUAUACGUCUCUCAUUGAAGGCCUAUGCAAAGAUACAAAACUUGAAGCUGCUUUGGAAGUCUUCAAAAAGUGUAUGGAGAGGGAUAAAACAGUUGCGAGAAGGGUAUUGAGCACGUUUGUCUUAAAUCUAUGCAGCAAUGGCCAUUUUGCUGAGGCAUCGCAGCUGCUGCGCAAGCGAGAACACUUAGAACACACAGGUGCACAUGUAGUGUUGCUGAAAUGUGUGGCUGACGCGAAAGAGGUUGAGAUUGGAAUCAGACAUAUGAAAUGGAUCAAAGAGGUAUCGCCAUCUCUUGUUCACACCAUUUCUUCUGACCUGUUAGCGUCUUUCUGUUCAUCAUCUGAUCCUGAUUCCAUUCUUCCGUUUAUUCAUGCACUUGAGCACACAUAAUUACACCAAUAGGCUUUAGCCUUUAGCAAUUAGAUUCCCUCAGUUGUGUUUUUCCCUUUAUUCUGUGUAGAUCCUAUUCCUAUAGGUUGUAACCAAUCUCUAGGUGACUGUAUAAAGUUACAAGUCGUUAUAUUGUCUAUGUAAGAAAUAUUCGAAUGAAUAAUU